AUGAGCCCAGAGUGCAAUACGCCGGAGCAAUCCAUCCGCCAACACCCCAACCCGCAACCUACAUCCAGGCCCUCCCCAAAACCAGACCCAACAAACCCCAACCCCCUAUACCUCCUCGCCGAAGCCGCCGAACUCAGCUCUCUCCCACAAGAAGACCUCGCCGCAGCGUCGAUCCUGCUCCAACUCCACCGCGAGGACGCCCUGCUCGCCAACUCGAAUCCAAGCAGAGAAGCCAAGACCAUCUCUCCCGACACGGAUUCAGACGCCACGAUCCCGGACGAUACGCCGUACCGGUCUGUGGUUGGUGGUGGUGAUGGUGGUGGGCAGCAGAAUCAGGAAAAGCAGCAGCGUCCGCCAGGGUCGCCCUCCUCCUCCUCCUCCUCCUCGCCAGCAGAAAAAGCAGCAGCAAGACGAGGUGGUAAAAGGAAGAGAGAGGUGCGGAUGCGGAGGGGUCCCGCUAGUUGUUUAUGA